GCCACAUCAGGAGAUAAUGGUGGGGGGGCGUCUGAGGGUGGGCGGCAGUAUAUAAAUUGGAACUCAAUGGACAGUCCCACGGUCUAUGACAACACAAGACAUGGCGUUCAAUGGAACCUGGAAGGUGGACCGCAGCGAGAACUAUGACAAGUUCAUGGAGCAAAUGGGCAUCAACGUGAUGAAGCGCAAGCUGGCCGAGCACGACAACCUGAAGAUCACCAUUGAACAGAAGGGUGACGACUUCCACAUCAAAGAAUCCAGCACGUUCCGCACUAAAGACAUCGACUUCACCCUGGGGACGCCAUUCGACUACAGCCUGGCUGACGGCACUGACGUCUCAGGCACAUGGCAGAUGGAUGGAGACAUGCUAAAGGGUAAAUUUACCAGGAAAGACAACACCAAGGUGCUAACCACCACCAGGUCUCUCGUGGACGGAGAAUUAGUGCAGACUUACAGCUAUGAAGGCGUUGAUGCCAAGAGAAUUUUCCAGAAGCAGUAAUUUUUAUCUUGAUAUAUAUAUAUAUAUAUAUAUAUGUAGAAAGAGAGAGAGCAAUAAAUAACACUAGAUUAAUAAUUCCUAUGUUCCAGUCAUUCAUAGGGUAACACUGGAUUUUUGCACUAAUUCAUUUAAUAAAAGUGACAAUAAAAGUGAUUUUUUCAUAGUGUGUCUGGUGUCACGUGGUCCGAUUGUGACAUGUCCAACAUAAUGGACAAUGGCCGAAAAGGAAUGCUGGGAAUAAUGGUGGACAAUGAUGCAUUCAAUGCCAAUUGGAAGACCCGGGAGUGUAACUGCAUCUUCUGUCCACAAGGGGACAUUUUUAGUAUUGUUUUG